UGAUGGAAGCCACUGUGUUCUUGGGGAUCUUCAAUGCUGUAGGUAUUUUUUUUGUGCCCUUUUUAAGCCUUGAGAUGGAUUGUGUAUGUGUGCCAAUCAAGGGGUGAAUGAGCAAGACAAAGGAUUUAAGUGCUUUUGGACUGGGUAUGGCAGUAGGUGCCAGGCGCAUCUGUUUGUGUUAAGCACUGCAACACUGCUGUGUUUUUCAUGCUCAACAGUUUCCUGUGUGCAUCAAGAAUGGUCCACCACCCCAAGGACAUCCAGUUAACUUUACACCACUUUGGGAAGCAUCGGAGUCAACAUGGGCCAGCAUCCCAAUGGAACGCUUUCAACACCUUGUCCUGAUGAAUUGAGGCAAUUCUGAGGGUAAGGGGGGUUAUUAUAUAUUGUUAUUUAAGCUCUUUGCUUCCCUCUGUUGGCCAUGGUGGGACAUCGUCUCUCAGUUCUCUCACUUUCAGGAUAAGGCUAUGGGGGACAUUGAGUCAUACUAACUUGUUACCGUGGUAUUACUAGAAUUUAUUGAUGAUCUCAGUGGGUUUUAUUUAGUGCCUUUAGUAAUGCUCACAUGGGUUUGUUCUGCUUUUUCAAACUUACGUAAUCGAAAACGCAUGAUCAAAAGUCCAGUGACAUGCUCUAACUUAAGGGGACAGACCCAAAUAACUAAACUGUUUCGAAAGCAUAGUCUAAUAUGCAUAUGCAAAUGCCGUCCUUCCUUGAGCACAGUCUGCUUUAAAACACUACAGUGACUAGUCUGUUAAUGCUAGAAAGGCUGUCUUGCUAUCAAUUGAAACCUUAGUGUGCAUGUGCUUUGAAAUAUGAAUAGUAUUUAAAUUUAAGAAUACUAUUUUAUUUACAUUUAUGAAUGAUAAAAAAAAUAACCAAUGUUUCUAAAAAGGCACCGUUACAGGCUUUGGUUUUCGAUUUAGAGUUUGGUUGGCACAGGUGAUAUUCAAGAGCUGUACAGCCCAUGCUUCAGUUGGAAUAAGAGAUGUUUAAAGAGCUACAUAGCUAUUUAAGUUAAAGCCUUUUUUGUUUCCCCUGUUUGGCUCGCUCCACGUUUUUGUUUUUAUUCUCUAAAUGUUUUAGUUUUUUAGUUCAUCUAUCAUGCAGAUCUAGUGGGAGUCCAUGGCGGGGGUUUAAGACCCUACUUGAGUUUGCUUGGCCAGCAUCCAGUGAGUAAGGAACCCCCAUGGAUGCCUUUCACACGCCAUUUUAAAACCAUACCCACUUUGUUUUGGUUGUCAGUGGCUCAUUUGUUAGAUCCCUUUUUCACUGGAAUAACACUUUUGUUAUUGUGGAACUAAACAGUGCCUUUUUAAAAUUUUGUUCAUUAGACAUUUUAAACUCCAAGCAUAGCCUCUCGAAGUAGUGCACUGAGCCUUUUAAUAGUCCCGUAUUAGUGAACCCAUAUAGUAAUUUGUAGGUUUGUGCAAAUUAUUUAUAUCAGCAAGUCCCCCCUAGCAGUCUGACUAAGUGUCUCACAUUUGUUGAGUGCUCUCUGCUACUUUGAAUUGUUUUCUUAAUCAUUGUUUUGGAUGCAGAUUUUAAAUGUAUGCCAAAUACCCCUCCCCAAUGAACCUUUCUAUGAAUUUAAUUUCUGGAAGAUCCAAAACAAACUUUGGACCAAACUCUCACAUUGGAAUGCCCAGGGAGAUUCAGUGUUGAAGCAGUGAGCUUUUAGUGCUGAACCAGCAACUGUUUGAAAUAGUCUGGAUUAUGACACAAGUUGUUUAAUAUCUGUCUUUUGUGUCAUUUCAUUUGAAGAUAUUGGCUAAUUUACAUGACCUAUUGGGCCAUAUCAAGUACUAUUAGUCAUUGGUAGGAUACCAAUCUCUUGAUAGUUUCAACCAUAUUUUGAAGCAAUAUAAUUUGUUUUACAAACAUGUUUAAGUAACCUAAAAUAUAUAGUUGUGACGGGUUUAGUCAUAUGAACUAAAUUCACAAGGCAGUUAUAAGUGAUAUCAUUUUGAAACUAAGUGGCUACCAUUGGGAUGUUUUUCAAACUAUGUAGUUGGCAUUUAAUUAUUAGUAUGACCAUUUAACUGGGUAUUCGAUGUCUUUAACACAUCAUUCGGUUCCCUUCCUAAGUCAUUGGAAAAGCUCCUUGGUCUUUGUGGUUGAUUAUGGGGGUAUAAGCCUAUUUUAAAAAUCAAACUUGACUAAUGAACUAAUUUAGGCUUCUGCAACAAAGGUGGUGAAUAUUAUUCAAGGUAUUUCUUUACCUCCCCUCCCAUUUUACAAUUUUUAUUUUUAAAUCGAGGUAAGUCUAUAGUAUAUAGGCUAUACCUCACUCUCUCACCUGUUACCAUGUCUACGCACCACGUGGAGAACGCGUCUAGGCAAUUCCAAAAAUUGCUUACGGAGACUGGAGAGCGACACUAUGAUACGAAAAUUAUUAGUGCAUCAUUGCUCAUGCAUAAUAACCUAUUUUGAUAAGCCUGCUAUAAGCUAAUAAUAACAAAAUGAAUGGCAUAAGUUUCAUUUCACAAUCAACAUAAUUGAAACAACUUAUUGCGGUGUAAGCUAAAUAGUUGUAGGUUAGAUGUUUAUUUGGGAGUAAUGUCUUAAUACCCUCAUUGUACAAGGAUUUGUUUAUUGUAAGGAGACUACAUCCUGGCGAUCUGUCAACAAACGAACGAGGGGAUUCUGCCCCGGGUGAUUCGCGUUAGCGUUGAUUGCAUUCGUUUUGGAACCGCCUUGUCUCCCGACUGUAAGCCAGGUGUCCCGUUUUGGACUGCGAAAUCGGCUCAAAACAAAAGUUCUGUAGUGUGUAGGAUUUUGUGUUCACGCGCAAAAUAGAUUGCUUAGGAUAACCACUUAAACUGCCUUCCCAAUGAAAACUAGUUUGAAAAUGCUAUUAUUUUUAUGGAACAUAUAUGUACGUUUAUGAAAAAUGCAUCAUGCUGCCUUGUUGACAACAUUACCGAGUGGAGCAGAUUAGCCUAUACUGUUCGAUUUGAGACGGGCGCUCCUCCCUCACCGCUUUUAUCCGUUUGUCACCGGCCAUAGCCCGGUGCACUUAAUCAUGUCCCUCAAUAUGUGGAGAGAAAAAAAACGCUAUGACUGUCCAUGCGGGCGCACGCUUAUUGGCUAGUCCCACUGUGCCUACAGGUGGAGUCCCUCCUUGGUGCGCAGAAAACUGCCCACUAUCAUCGGCGAGUAUAAAGCUUUGACGUGAUUAAUUUUAUUAUCAAACUGCCCGAGCCUGCUCUUUGCCAUUUAACAAAGAUGAGCUCCAACGAAUCCGCUGCGGGAAUUGCGCACGUCUACAGGGGAACAUUUGUGCACGCCACCUAUCACACAGCCGUGGAAAUUCUGGAGGAUAGGCUACUGGGAGUCGACACCGAGGGAAAGAUUGCUUUCAUUGGGAGUGGGAAGGAAGUGGACCGUCUGUCACAGAAGUGGGGUUUUGAGGCCUUUGCUGUUACACAGCUUGGACAGCAUGAGUUCUUCAUGCCAGGGAUGGUGGACACCCACAUCCACGCAUCUCAGUACAGCUAUGCAGGCACAGCCCUUGACAUGCCCCUGCUACAGUGGCUCAACAUGUACACUUUCCCAGUGGAGGCCUGCUACAAAGACCUGGAGUUCGCCCGCAACGUCUACACCCAUGUUGUGAAAAGAACCCUGAGAAAUGGUACGACUACGGCCUGCUACUUUGCCACCAUACACACCGAUGCUUCUCUCCUUUUGGGCCAAAUCGCAAAUGAUUUUGGACAGCGUGCCCUUGUGGGCAAGGUGUGUAUGGACACAAACAACUUUAUCCCACAUUACAAAGAGACGCCAGACGAGUCCGAAGGGGAAACUAACAGGUUCAUUGGUGAGCUCUUGAAGAAGAAGUACCCCCUUGUGAGGCCAGUGGUGACCCCGCGCUUCGCCCCGUCCUGCUCCGCCACUUUGCUGGGUCAUCUGGGAGAGAUCGCCCUGAACAACGACCUGCACAUCCAGAGUCACAUCAGUGAGACGAAGGAGGAGGUGAGACUGGUGAAGGAGCUGUUCCCAGACUACGACUCCUACACAGAUGUCUACCACAGACACAACCUUCUCACAGACAAGACGGUGAUGGCUCAUGGUUGUCACCUGACCGAUGGAGAGCUGAAGCUGUUCAGGGAGACAGGGGCGUCCAUCGCUCACUGUCCCAAUUCCAACAUCUCGUUGUGCAGUGGUAUGCUAGAUGUCCGCAGGGUUCUGAACCACAAAGUAAAGCUAGGGCUUGGCACAGAUGUGGCAGGAGGAUACUCUCCUUCUAUGUUGGAUGCUGUGCGGAGAACACUGGACACCUCUAAAGCCUUGACCAUCCAGGACACCCAGUACCACACGCUCACCUUUGAGGAGGUCUUCAGACUGGCCACACUGGGAGGCAGCCAAGCCCUGUCCCUAGAUGAGAAUACAGGAAACUUUGAGGUGGGGAAAGACUUUGACGCUCUGCGGGUGAACACUGAUGUGGCAGGAGGACCCAUUGACCUCAUCAAUCAAGGGGAGGGGCCUAAGGUGCUCCUGGAGAAGUUCUUGAAUUUGGGGGAUGAUCGUAAUAUUGUGGAGGUGUACGUGGCAGGGAAGCGAGUGGUCCCAUUCGUAGAGAGACCAUAGAUCUGGGAUUUGUUGUUUGCUUGUUGUCAUCUGUCCCAGUCAGAACCCUCUACCAGUCUACCUGACUGCUUUUGUAACAGGAUACGAGGUGAUUGGAAAAUGUGUUCAACUGGAGGGAUUAUUAAAGAUGCGUGUUCAAUCUUAUGUACAAUCCAAUAGAUGGUAUUGCUGUUAAGUGAUAUUUGCAAGAGCAUUGUGCAGGUUAUCGUUUUCUUUUAAGUUGUUACAUUGUUUCCCAUGCACCUGGGUCUUUUUUUACAUUUCUAAGUCAAGGAAAAUGUGUGUGUGUGUGUUUCUGAAUGCAUGUGUAGCUUUGUAUGUGUCCAGCUUAAAUUCUUCUUAAACCUAAAACCCACAAUGUAGCUUUAGGAGACAUUCUAAUAUAUUGAGUCUAAUAAAUGUAUAAUGUAUCCUUGUUGAUUAUGAUCAUUGACUGUAUUUAACUCUUUAUUUUAUGUUAUUGUGUCACUGCUGUUCUGUGCUACAUUGCUGAAUUUUGUAGCAAAAGCUACAAAGGGGAAAAGAUUUUAGAAAUAUUUUAUUAAAGAGUAUUUGCAAGA